GACACUAUCCUUCAUUUUCUCUAUCACCCCCAAAAAAUCUCGCUGCAAAUUCCCCCUGUUUAACACUCAAAUAAAACCCCAGAAAAACUUUCCCAGCAAAAAUCAAGAGCAGAGGAGCAAAAACCAGAAAAAUCCAGCCAACUCAAGGGAAAUUAAAGGAAGAAAAGCAAUGUUUGCAACUAACGAAGUACUGCCUGAAGACUUAAUUAUACAAAUUUUGCUAUGGUUGCCGGUGGUGUCUUUAUUGCGAUUCAAGUGUGUCUGUAAAUCAUGGUGUGCUCUCAUUAAUGGCCAAAACUUCAUCAAUAAGCACCUUCUCCACAACCAGACCACCUCUAACAAGAACAGGAACGCAGGUUUCCUCCUUAUCCAACGCCAAAAAUCUUCCAAUGAUCAUGUUUUCUCCAAGCUUCAAUAUGAAUCUCUUGAAAUAUUGUCAACACAAGCUGUUCCUUCACCGUAUUUUGGUAUUCCUAAGCAUAUACAAAUUAACAUAGUGAGCUCAAUUAAUGGUCUCGUUUGUCUGAAUCUUAACGCUGGAAACACAGAUAUUGUUCUAUGGAAUCCAGCAACAAAUGAAACAAAAGUUCUUCCCAAGUCCGGUAUAUCCUACCCCCAAGCUGAGGUAUAUUGCUUAAGUACUGGUUCAUGGAGAACAGUUAGUACUUCUGCGCCCGGUUAUUUUAUGGACUCUGGUUGUUAUAGGACAUACACGAAAGGGAUGUUUUCUUGGAGUGCAAGUAUACGUGAUGAUCUUGAUUUCUUUCCUGGCAUUUUAUCAUUUGAUAUGAGCAAUGAGGUAUUCCUAACAACAACAUUACCAGAUGGCGAUUUGGAGGAUCCCAAUGGUACUUGGAGAAUUUUUUUUGUGCUUAAUGAAUUGGUUUCUCUAGUUACUUUUGGUAAAGAUAGAGAACGAUUGGAGAAUUGUUUUUAUAUUUGGUCACUGCUUGAAUAUGGUGUUAAGGAGUCUUGGAUUAAGCUAUUCACUAUUGGACCUCUUAUGGGAAUUGAAAAGCCACUAGGAUUUUGGAAGAAUGAAAGCUUGUUUUUGAGAAAUAAUGAGGGGCAAUUGCUCUUGUAUGAUCCCUCGGCCCAAAAAAUUACUAAUCUUCAAGUUGAUGGACGACCGAUGCAGAUGAUUACUUAUGUUGAGAGCCUAAUUUCUCUCAAAGGAGGAAAUGAUCUUGAGGAACAAGGCAAUUCAUAAAAAUGAUUCAAUACUCAUCUAUGUCUCUGCUGUAAGUGUUUGCAAGCAACAUGCAUGAUUGUUUACCAUAUUUUUCUAAUAAAGUGUUAAUGUUUCCAAGU